GAGAGGGAGGGGACGAGGAAGGCAGUGAAAGGCAAGAGAGUGAGAGAGAGAGAGAGAGAGAGAGAGAGAGUCAGUAAAGACAACAGAGUGGCAGUGAAAGAACAAGCAGUCAGACUGAGGAGGGAGCGUGAGAGAGAGAGAGAGAGAGACAGAGAGAGAGAGACUCACCAAAUAAGCGAGCGCUCUCAGUGUCAGUUACAUUCUAACCACGGACAGCUGCCGUGUUGGAGCCAAAGGAAGAGAAAGAGAGAGAAAGAGAGUUUUCACAGCAGAGAGUAAAGAGGAGACGGUGAAAAGCAAGAGAAGAGAAGAGAAGAGAAUAGAAGAGAAGAGAAGAGAAGAGACGAGCGCUCCUCCUGAGUGGAAAAUGGAUUCGGAUUCUGGGGAGCUGAGUGAAGGAGAGCUUUCGCCAGGGCCAGAGACCUUCAACUCUAAGUCCUUGGCCCUCCAAGCUCAGAAAAAGAUCCUGAGUAAGAUGGCCACCAUGGCUGUGGCCAACCUGCUAACAGACGACACCAGCAGUGGCAUCCUCGACGAGCUUUACAAGGCAAGCCGCGAGUUCACCAAGAGCAAGAAGGAGGCACACAAGAUCAUCAAGGACGUCAUCAAGAUCGCCCUGAAAGUGGGAAUCCUCUACCGGAACCACCAGUUUGGUCCCGAGGAGCUGGAGACCGUGGAGCGCUUCAAGAAGAAGAUGAACCAGGCGGCCAUGACAGUGGUCAGUUUCUAUGAGGUUGAAUACACGUUUGACCGCUCAAUCCUUUCUGAGCUGCUCCUGGAGUGCAGGGACCUCCUCCACGAGCUAGUGGAGAACCACCUGACCACCCGAUCCCAUGGCCGCAUUGACCACGUCUUCAACCACUUUGCGGAUGUGGAGUUCCUCACGGAGCUCUAUGGGCCCUCUGAGGAAUACAGACUCUCCCUUAGGAAGAUUUGCGAUGGGAUAAACAAACUCCUGGAUGAGGGCGUGCUUUAGCCAGCAUCAAUCCCUCAUCUCCACCUUCCCUCCCUCUAAACUGCAAAAAAAGAUAUCUUGGCACAUGGACCAUAGAAAGACCUAAUAGGGUCAAUGGCUUUUCAAGAGUCAAGAGGGUCGAUAACUCUUCUGAUUCAGCAAGAUCAAUGUUUUUUUCAGAUGUACUAAGGCCAGCGGUUCCUGAGACUAAAUAGGGUCAAUAAUUCCUCAGACUCAGAAGGGUCAGUGGGUCAUAAGACUCUGAAGGAUCAAUUGCUCUUUACACUGUGGGUUCAUUGGUUUCUCAGAUUCAGACUCAGUAGGGCAGUGGUCUCCAACCCUGGUCCUGGAGAGCUACCUACCUUCAGAGCGUAGUUCCAAACACAACUUGCCUCACCUGCUCUUCCCAAGUCCCUGAUUGGCUGGAUCAGAUGUAUUAGAGUUAAGUAAGGGGCAGGGCAGCUUAUUGCAUACAGGUUGAAACCAAAAUCUACAGGAAGGUAGCUCUCCAGGACCAGGAUUGGAGACCACUGCAGUAGAGUUAGUGGCUCUUCAGACUCAAGAUAGUCAGUGGUUCCUCAGACUCAGUAGGUCCAGUGGUUCCUCAGACUCAAAUGGAUCAAUGACUCUUCAGACUCAUAAAGGUUACUGGCUUUUUAUACACAGAAGGGCCAGUGGUUCCUCAGACUCAGUGGGUCGAUGCUCUUCAGACUCAGUAGGGUCAGUGGUUGACAUAAGUGGGUCAAUGGCUCCUAAGACUCUGUUGGGUAAAUAGCCCCUUAGAUUCUGUAGGGUCAGUGGCUUCUUACACUCAGUUGGGUUCAGUGGCUUCUCACACUCAGUGGGGUCAAUGGCUCCUCAGACUCUGUACGAUCAGUGGUUCUUUAGACUCAGGUGGGUCAAUGGCUCCUGAGGAACCACUGGCUUUUUAUACACAGAAGGACCAGUGCUUCCUCAGACUCAGUGGGUCGAAGGCUCUUCAGACUCUGUAGGGUCAGUGGUUGUUUAGACCUGAGAGGGUCAAUUGAUUCUCAGACUCUUAGACGUAAGUGGGUCAGUGGCUCCUCAGACUCUGUUGGGUCAGUGGUUUCUUACACUUAGUAGGGUCAAUGGAUCCUAAGACUCUAUUGGGUAAAUAGCCCCUUAGAUUCUGUAGGAUCAGUGGCUUCUUACACUCAGUUGGGUUCAGUGGCUUCUUACACUCAGUUGGGUUCAGUGGCUUCUCACAUUCAGUGGGGUCAAUGGCUCCUCAGACUCUGUAGGAUCAGUGGUUCUUUAGACUCAGUAGGGUCAAUGGCUCCUUAGAGUCUGUUGGGUCAAUGGCUCUUUAGACUCUGUAGGGUCAGUACCUUCUUACACUCAGUUGGGUUCCAUGGCUUCUCAGACUCUGUAGGGUCAGUGGUUCCUCAGACUCAGUAGGGUCAACGGCUUCUGAGACUUAGUAAAGUCAGUGGCUCCUCAGACUCAGUAGGGUCAAUGGCUCUUUAGACUUGAAAGGGUUAAUGGUCCUCAGACUCAGUAGAGUCAGUAGCCACUCUGUGGUCCAUGUCUUGGCGAGUACAGCACCUUAAAUGUAGGGCUGCACAAGAUAUCAAUUACAAGAUGACAAUUACUAGCUACUACAAAUAAUGUUGGCCAAAAUAAUACCAAUCUUUUUAUCAUGUCACAUCAAAGGUUCACCGUUGUGUUUUAUUAUAUUGCAAGGCAAAUCACAAUUGCUAUAUGUAGCAAUAUAUUUGCAGUGUGGUGUUUUGUAGGCAACACAUCUAAUAUUUCUCAGUAUAAAACUGCUCUAAGAUUAUUACAAGAUUAUUCAAAAUAGGCUCCUGUUCAAAGAUUUAAAACUGAACUGAUCAUCAAAACAUAAUUUUGGCUGUUUGAUUUCAUAUUUCAAGUACUUUGAGAACAACAAGAAAUUAUUAAAUGAUAUGUCAUAUACUGUAAUUACAUAAAUUAAAAAAUAUCUUGAUCUUGCUGGCAGAUAAUUUCAUGUAAAGUAAUUCAAAGUGUGUAGAAACAAGUUGAAUAAUCAUCUUAUGUCAUUCUCACAGUCCGAUACUUGAUACAUUGCCAAAAUUUAAGAUGCUUUCACUUGUCAAAAUAUCAUUUUUUUGCAGUCAUUUUUCUCUAUCUAUCUUUCCCUUUCUUCUCCUCUCUCUCUCGCUUCUGGUACUGGACUGUAAAUCCAUUUUUUAUUAUAAUUAUUAUUAUUCCUUUUCCUCUCUUUUCCUCAAGGGAGAGACAGGAUGUCACGAUGCCUUGAUGUGGUUGUAUCCAAACCUCUAAGUGUGUGUGCGUGUAUGUAUGUAACUUUGGGGGGAAAAAGCCCACUGUUCUGAGCUCCUGUCUUAAUUGUGUGCACUGUACAACAUUGUCUCCUUCCUGUCCCUCAACAACAGCACAGCAAUGCAAAAGUGGCUGUAUCGACGUGACACCCAAGAGUGGCUUUUGUUUAUGAGUGUGUGUGCACGUGUGUGUGUGAUCACUGACAAUAAAACCUGUUUGAAAAGCCAA